AUGGACAGCCCAAAAAGGGAUCUCCUUCAAGGGAUGGAACUCGAUGUUUUCAUCGUGAACCACCUGGAGAGGUUGCGGCGGAUGGGUAAUAUUAAGACCAAUCUGCAAAAGAGAUCGAGGGCAAACUAUUCUACAGUCUAUGUUAAAGCGCAACUCGAUAUUCUCGAGAGGGAGUGGGAUAAUGCCCAGAAUCGACAUGCACGAUUACUUGCAUCGGUAUCCCUGGAGGGUCGGAAGAACGAGGCGUACUUCGAUUCCGAAUGCAUGGUUGAUUUCGAACGAAUAUACCACGAGACUACCGGGUAUAUUUAUGAACAACUGAGGGUCCUGGAGAAAAGGGAACAGCAGGAAGAGAGAGCAGCGUCAAACAGCUCUGCUCACGCUUCUGCUGAUAACCAAGUAUCCGUUCGGUUACCGCGACUGGACCUCCCGCAUUUCAGUGGUAAUCAUCCUGAAUGGCCAUCCUUCAGUGAUCUCUUCACGUCAGCGGUCAUUAAUAAUCGCACAUUAUCGGAUGCCCAACGAUUGCAGUACUUGAAAGCUAUAUUGGAAGGCGACGCUUUGCGUACAGUCUCCUCGUUAGAAUUGACGAACGAGAAUUUCUCGAUCGUAUGGGAAACACUAGAGCAGCAUUAUAAUAUCCCGAGACUAAUUCAGUCCUCUUGGUAUGAAAAGGUGUUACACCUUAAACCAAUUAAGCACGAUAAUGUGGGAAGCAUCACGCAAGUAACCGUGGGCUUGCAACAAGCCUUAAACGCACUUCCGAAACUGGGCGUUUCGGUUACUGAUUGGGACCCACUCAUGGUUUAUCAUGUGUCCAGCUAG